UGGACCGUAUCUUCUGUGUACACGUUGUGCAAUUGGGUGCCUCCGUUUUCUUGCAGAUAGGCCAGCUAGUCCCCGUUCGCGUCGACCCAAAUCUGGUGCGCACUACGAGUUUAGAAACGACUAAGGACUGGCAAAUUCAGUUUCGCAAUCGUAGGCAAUCUCAGACCUCACGGCUGGAGAAAAGGCGUGUAGGAAGCGGUUCUGCGUCCAAAGGGGUGAUGUAGCACUUGCGGCCUCGUGCUUCGCCCUGAUCAAACUCAGUGCAUGGCGCCAAGACGCACGGCCGUCCGAGCACCGUCUUCAUCGCUUCACUUCGAUCGAGCACUAUGCGCAUGUGCCCUUUGCCAGCCGCGGCCAUCCUUGCGCCACUGAGGACGUCGGCGCCAGUGCUCUUAGACACGACGACCGCCAUGGAAUCGGCGGGGACGUCAUCCAGGCGACAUCGAUGCGCCGGUGGGAUCUUCCUGCCACAUGUGCAUCCCGUCCUGCUUAUGAACCCUCUUAACAUCCCCAGCUCCGGGCGCCAUUUCUACCUCGCCGUUGACCGCCUCCAGUUCAAGAUGAGGACACUACUGGAGCUCCUAGGUGUUGUCUCUGAUCGCCACGGCUCGGUACCCAUUGCCAUAUGUGUUUCAUCCCGGGAUGAGCUAGAUGCUGUCUGUGCUGCUGUUGCCAACCUCCCCUUCGUGUCCUUGUCACCGCUGUACAGCGAUCAAGAUGAAGCUGAGCGUGCAUCUGUUCUUGAGAAAUCCCGUCGGGCAGCAAUACAGCGAAAUCAGAUUGAAGAUACUUCUAUUGGCGAAAGUCCCAAGCCUGAAAGGGUGGUCUUGAAGCUAAAUAUUACAGUUGUAACAGAUGCUUGCUUGCCUUCGGCGGCGAUGGGAGAGGCUCCCCUUAUGUCUCGUGUACUGAUAAACUAUGAAUUGCCUACAAAGAAGAUGGAAUCGUGAUUAAUAUGGUGGUUGGCGGUGAGGUGGCUCUUCUAAGGUCCCUGGAAGAAACCAGUGGAUUCGUCAUUGCAGAGAUGCCAAUAUAAUACAUGUUUCUGAGAUAUUGUGACAGUCUCAAUUUGCUUCAGAAAUUACCACUACACUUCAGGGCUAACUAGUCCAGUUUCUAUUGGUGCUUCUUUGACUUGUGGGAUUACUCUUUGCUUCCUUCAUAUGUGGAUUUGUCUUUAAAUUUGUCCUUAUCUGUCUAUAUACUUCUAUUUCGUAUAGCAUUUAGAUUUUCAGACUAGUACGACAAUCAAUCCUAUUCCUAAGCAGUGCAAAAUUACUCGCACAAACAUCUGCAGUUCCAAUAGGAUCAGUUGCAAAGAGACAGCCCAAUUGGUAUUGCCAUGAAAUGCUGCAGCUAUGUUAGAAUUGGUGCGCCUCAGCUGUAGCUUUGUUGUAUUAUCCUUUGGAAAAAUACAUGCUAUCGUCUGUUACACUUGAAAACACUAGAUGUUGAGAGGGGUCUACCGGUACAGUUCAUCCUUUCCUUCAUAAUUUAUUAAUAUAUUUCACAUAUUAUUCAUCCCA